AUGCGACCAACAGUGAUUUUGACAUGUGCGGCGGCCGCGCACGCCCAGAUUUUCGGCAACUUUUUCAACCAGAUGCUCAAGAAGGAGUUUGCCGUCGAGGAGUCCUGGCACAACCAGGAGUAUCACAAGGUCUCGUGUGAUAACGGCCACGUAUGCCCCGAUACCCUCACAUGCGUCAACUCGCCACUGGAGUGCCCGUGCCAGUUCCCCGCGUCGGAAAUCAAGUGCGUGUAUCCCGACAAGUCCGGCUACGUGUGCAUCUCCAAGCCUGGCGACGGCUACGACGGAUCUGACGCCUCCUCCAAGGCCGAGGACGGCAAGAGAGAUUGUGCGUGGGUCAACAAGGCCUUUCGAGGAGAGCUCUAG